CGGAAAUAGAUACUAGAUUUUCUAUACGGCAGACAAAUAGGUACGCAAAUGUCAAUUUUUGUAAUGCGUGUGGUUUAUACUCCAAAUGUUUAGUAGUAGUUGUUUAAGUCACGAUAUUUGAAUAAACUUUUAUGCCCGAUCAGAAAAAAUGGCCCUUUUAGUUGGUGCGAAAAUCCAAGAGGAUAUUAACAACAUCCCGUUGGCUGAUGAUGAUCCGCAAGUCAUAAUCCAAGAUGACCCUGAAACUGCAGAGAUAUCACGUGCCUCUGAGGACAUGAUGCGUGGCCGAAGUCUGGACUCCAUUCCUUCAACUUUUACAAAUGGAAGCAGCAGUCCUGGACCAAACAGUUUGGACCCGGACAUUAGUCCUGAUGAACAGGAAGAGAAGGCUCGGCUAAUAUCUCAGGUCUUGGAGUUGCAGAACACCUUGGAUGACCUGUCGCAGCGCGUGGACAGCGUCAAGGAGGAGAACCUGAAGCUGCGCUCGGAGAACCAGGUGCUGGGGCAGUACAUAGAGAACCUGAUGUCCGCCUCGAGUGUGUUCCAGUCCACCUCGCCCAAGACCAAGAAGAAGUGAGCAAGUCCUGCCGCUGAUGUCGCUUUCAUCCGCGUGCACAACAGUAACUUGUUUUGGUUCUCGCUGCUUUCUGCAAUGGUCAGCUUUCUAGUGCAUUAGAUACAAGUAAAAAUUAAUUCCUGCUGAUGCACCAGGCUGUUUCCAAUCUGCAACCUAAGAAUCCGUUUGCUUAUUUUGUGUGAGGCAGGAGUUGGAGCCCUAAUAAUAAUUUAAGUGAUUUAUAAAAUACAUGUUGAAUGUUAAACUAAUGAAUAGUGUGAGAACAGCACAAUAUAUCACAAUAUGUCUACAGGGAACAAAGUAUAUUGUACUGAAAUUGCUUUUUUUUGUUUUGGAGCCAGGAGAGAUGGUGAUUUGUCACACUGUACUGAUUGUGUUACACUGGGUAUUAUUAUUAAUACGUAUUAUUGGUUUGAUAGGCCUACCUUAAGAUGUGUGUUGUCGUAAACAUGUGUUUCCUCCCUUGUUAGAAAUUUAGUUGCACAUGAAGUGUUUGGUUAGAAACAAUUCAUAACACUGGUGAUGUGUGCAUGUUAACUAAUUUGUCUAAUAAUUGACAAUUAUUUUAUAAAGAUGUACACUAUGAAUUCUUAAUGUGUUGUGAUGCUUUCAAAAUCUAUCAUCUGUUGGGUGCAUAAUUUUGUUCGGAAAUAUUAGGUAGGUAUAUAGCUCAAUAUCCAUUGUUGGUGCAUGAGCAAAUCCUGUUGGAAGAAAAUUAAUUUGCUUUAGGAUUGUUUAUGUGACUGGAGUUGUUGUUAAAAAUAAAGUCUUAAAGAUUUCAGUAAAGCCAUUUUUUGUAAGUGAGGCAUAUGCUUCUUUCGUAGCAGUCAGUUUCACAUGUUUUAUUCCACAGUAUGCAAGCUUUUACCUCAACAUUAAUAACCAAGAAAAUUAUUAAAGUUUUAUAAUCAAUAGAGAAUUUUGAGUGUACUAAAAAGUGUGUUUAAAUUAUUUAUUGGUCAAAGUUGUAGGAAUCACAGUAAAGGCAAUAAAAUAAAAAUCUGUAUUU